CAGGUUGUCUCCCGUAAUCCAGAGGAGGCUUGGCAACAAGUACUCCGACUUUCAUUAGGCUGCUAACAGACGAACUUUAUUAGUUUCUUUAUUCGAUUUGUGUAGUUUUUUUUUUUAAAAACACGUUUCACGUUUCAAACACGUUUAGGAAAGAUGAAUAUAUUAAUAUGUAUGGAUUUUAAUAGGUGUUUUACCUUUCUGUCGAUUAGAAAAGACGCUAAAUAGCCCGUCGUUAGCCUGAAAUCUUACCGGCUGUAUUUAUACUUUAGCCUAGUUUUGUUUGUAGGUUUAAUUUAACUGUAUUUAGUUUUGUGUAUUCAAUAUAAAUCGAUUCCGUUGAACGAAUUUAGUUUAUUUACAUUUAACGGGUUAAAGUUGUUGGCGUUAGUUUGUUUUUAUUCUGCGUUAGCUAACAUGCUAGCUGCAUCCGAGCUAGCGACUCAAACAAGUGGCUUUGGGGGAAAAAAGUUAAUAACAAACGAGUUUUUAUUCAAAUUGUCUCAGGGACGAUUGGAGCAGAGUUAUUAAAACGUAUGUCGUAAAUGCACGCAGUUUUUUUUAAGUGAUUCCUAGUCGGAAAGAUUAAGGGGGAAAAAAGGGUAAUAAAAUCUGUUGCGCUCCAUCGAGUAGCUUUCAGCAUCAACGCGUUGAGUUUACGGUCACAGGGUCAAAAUGCCGCCGCUUUCCCGUCUCGUUAUUAGUCCGUUUUGAACGUUUAUUAGUCUUUUCUUUUCUGUACAUAGUAAAAUAAAAGGUUCCGAGGGAAGUUUGUUGCUCGUUUGAUUUAAAAGCAGGGAUAAAUCGUUAAGCCCGCCGUGGGACACGCGGUGUGUGAAAUGGACGCUGUGGAUCAUCACCUGGGUUUGGAGCCGGGAUUCAGUGUCCGGGAUCACAGACUGCUUUCAGACUCGGACAGGACUUUAGCUCAGAAUGGACACGGUGGUGAAAGCUGGAAAAUAGUGUGUGUGUCUCUGUAUGGUGGAGCUCCGUGGGGGUUCACGCUGAGAGGAGGACGAGAACACCGAGAACCGCUUAUCAUUACCAAGGUUGAAGAAGGCAGCAAGGCUGCAGCCGUGAGGCUCCAAGUAGGAGACGAGCUUGUAAACAUCAACGAGGUUCCCCUGAGUGGCUACAGACAGGAGGCCAUCUGCUUAGUCAAGGGCUCCCACAAGACUCUUACUCUGGUGGUGAAAAGGAGGAUGAAAAUGGUGGAUAUUGUAGCACAGAAAAUGCCAUCAGAGAGUGACGUUCAUGUGGCCCGGAGCUUUCUAACGAAGAUUUUGCGAAGUUCAAUGAGAAAGAAUCAUUUCAAAGGGAAAAAUGAACCCAUGAGCAGGCCUCACUCCUGGCAUUCGACCAAAUUCAAUGAGAACCAAUCAGACACUGCCAAAACACAGUCCACACCCUCGCCAGUCUGGCAAACAAGAUAUGAUGCAAGUUCAUUCUCCUCCGAACUCCCUACUGGUUGGGAUCAGCCUAAUUUGCGCAGAGUUUCAGACCAGUUCAGCUCCUUGGGCAGUAUGGAUAGUUUAGAACACGGCUCUUACCCCUAUCCACCUGGACGCCUGUCUCCAAGCAAAUCGAACGGCAACAGCGUCGAACAUUUAGUGGGUGGAAAAAGAGAUUCUGCCUAUAGCUCCUUUUCAACUAGCUCAGGGACACCUGAUUAUACACUGUCCAGAAGCAACACAGCUUCAACAGAGAACAUGUUGUAUAAAGUUAAUCAGUGGGACUCAGGAAGUCGGCCUAGCAAUGGCAGACACAGCCAAAGCCUAAGCGAAGGGGUCCGACACGAUGAUAGAUUUGGUUACCUGCAGCCACCUUCGGUAAGCUGUGGUCGAGAAAGCCCAAAAACAGAGGAUCAACCAGGUAACCGGCAUUCGGCUUCAGGGAGGUCCAGCAUUGCACCUGUUUGGCAUGUUCCUGAUAUGAAGAAGGCCAUGGCCCCAUCACCUCCACCACCUGCACCACCAACACGCAGCGAUAGUUUUGCUGUGACUAAGAUUCAUGAAAAGGGUCUGGUCUCCAGUCACCCAGAGAAUCAUGGGAUUCAUACCCAGUCAAAGAUCCAAAGCAAAGGAUUAAAGACAGCAACAGAUGUGUCUGAAAGUAAUCAAAGGAUUUACCAUGCACCGGCGUCAGGUCAUGAAAUAUGUCAAAAUAACAACCCGCAACCUACUGGCAUGAUUAAUUCAUAUGUUGCAGGUGAUGGCUAUAGUCAACAAAUGCCUCUUCCAAACUCAAACAAGAAAUAUUCACCAUCCAAUACUGAUCCGUCCAGCACUCACUUUGCCUACCAUAGACGUCAGUACAGUGAUGAGAGCAAUUUUCAUGUGCCCCCCAGGACCCCAUCUACAGGCAAGUCACAGAGUUGUUAUAGCAGCAUGCAAGAAUUAACCACAAACAGCCAUGCCCAACACUAUAGCCAGAACCAGAUCAGAAGGCAUGUUGCAUCACUGUCCAGCACUGCUAUUGACCACAACCCUGACGGUCAAAGCUCCAACAGGUAUUACUCUGCCACAUCUCGACAACCCUCUCAGGGAGGGACCCAGGUCUCUUUAGUGCGGGUGGAGGACAGAAAUGCUAGUUCUAUGAUGGAAAUCACGCAAAGUGGAGGUGAUCGAACUUCUGUAAGCUCUCAAGGACAGCUCAAGGACUGGUCUAAUACAUCUCAGGUACUGCAGCCCCCAAAUAAUAAAGACAGCAAUGGAUAUUACAGACAGGUCGACAGCCAACAUCGGGCAUGCACAGCAGUUAGUAAGUCUGCUUUUGAUGAUGCAGCAACAAAAGCUUUGGAGGUCAAGGCCCCCCAGAAGCAAAACACUGUGACCAACUCAGACAGCUAUUUUAUCAAGCAGGGAAAAAUCUCUGAAUCUUACAGAUUUGGUGAAUCCUCCAAAGACCAUUUACCAUCUAAAAGUGAGAUCACUCUGUGUCCUCAGAAAACCCCUUUGCUGCACUCUCUAUCACAGGACAGUAGUAGGCAUAUUGAAGUACAAAGUGAAAUGAUUAGUGGUGAUGGACAACAGGAUUUCAUUGAUCCUCAGAAUGGCAGGCAGGUUCGACGUACUGACCGUUUUGCCACCACAUUGAGAAAUGAGAUCCAGAUGAGGAGAGCUCAGCUUCAGAAGAGUCGAAGUGCAGCGGUCUUGGCCGGAGCAGCUGAUCCCGAAGAGCCUUCAGUCUGGAAAUCCACAGAUAUCUCUUCACCUUCCCUUGAUGGUUCUUUCACUAGUGCCUACAAAGACCAUCUGAAGGAGGCCCAAGCUCGAGUCCUUAAAGCUACUUCUUUCCGGAGGAGGGACUUGGAGCCAGUGCUACUAGAGCACCCAGGAGAUGAAGUCCUGCCCUCUUCUCGUAAGGAUACACCAUCUCUAUCAAGUGUUUCUGAGGUCCCAACAAGUAAGCCUUCUCCGGGUACAAACCAUGUGCCCCGUAUAUGUGGCCGAAAACGUUUUCCAGUUGAGAAGAAAGUGCGGUCCUACUCUGAGCCUGAAAAGAUUAAUGAGGUUGGUGUUGAUGAGGAUCCAACUCCACAAGAUAAUGACAUAUCUUUGGUCAACAGGCGUAAAGUCUUUGAGACAACAGGAAAACCUGCUUAUCGCAAACCCAUGUUGAAGCAAAAUCUGCAAAUACCGGAAGACUCCAGACCGGAUAAGCCUGUCGAAUUGCCUCAGUCUGGCCGAAAUGAUGUCACCAAGAAGGAUAGCGAUAAUAAGGCAGGAGAUAAUGGCCCAAAUUUUUCACAGAGACUGGGCACUUUUGCCGAGUAUGAGGCCACAUGGAAAACACAGAGAAAAGCGGAUCCCAGGACGUCGGGAAGGUACCAUUCGGCUGAUAACAUCCUCGAUUCAGCAGUGGACGAGCGCCAUAAGCCCUCUUAUUUCCAUGAAAGGUCACGCUCCUCUCCCUCAGAGGACUUAUAUGGUCAGAAAAUCCCAGUGCAAGGAGGGAAGACGGCUGAGUACUGUCCUCCUGAGAGAAAACUCUCUGAUCAUGACAACUCUACAUCAAGGUUAAGUGACGGAGGAUACAAGGGUGUAUUGCCCAAGUCAACUCAAGAGUCACCAUCAGUUUUGAAAGAAGGAGAGUUGGAGAGCAAUUUCUCAGAUAUCUCAUCCACUCGUAGGUCUCCUCCCAGCCCUGCUGGUCCUUCUCAACAUUUCCUCGAUCCCGCUUCCAAUGCAAAGACCAAAGGCUACAAUUCUCUGAGACCUCCUCCGACAUGCCUAGACAAGUACAUAUGCCCCAUGGCUGCUGCUCCUGUCAACACCUCACAGGGUGGAACCGGUGUCUCUCAAUCUCCCCUAAAAGACAUUGUUUCUAAAGACGUCCCAGUAUCCUGGAUGGACCCUGGGUUUAGCCAAGGUAAAAAAAGAGAGGAGGAGACUCAACUGGAGACCCUACCCCUUCCUCCUCCUCCUCCUCCUGAGCCUCCUGCCCACCUGACUCCACCCAGCAUGGAGGGGCAGCGUUCACCAUCACCUCACUUUGCUCCCCAGAGACUUACUGACAAGCCCCCUGUCUCUGUCUCCCAGCAGGAUGAAGCCACAGGAAGGAUGGACAAGGUGACUGACGAUAGCAGCACUGUGAAAAAAGUGCCCAUCAAGAUUGUCCACUCUGAAAGCAGCACAGAAAAAGAAACUCGACAGUACCUUCACCCAAACACAGAGACUUCUCUCAACCCACAGCCCCCAGUCUUGUCUCUGUCCAGUCUGGGAGCACCAGAGCUGUCCUCCUCUCCAUUUUGCACAUACACACGUCAAAGAGAGCAGGAAAAUGAAGCCACAGGCUUUCAGAAAGAACAGACAUUUCAUGCUGAUGUCCCAGUGCCUCAGGAGCCACAAAAAAGCCCCUGUGUGGAACAUGGCACAAACGGAGUCUUCUCAGGCAGCCUCAGUGCUUCCUCUCACUCUGAGGAAGAUGAGAAGAGAGAGGUGUUGGCCAGGGACAUCAUAGACAAGGAUAAGUCUUUGGCAGACGUUUUGGACCAGAGCAAGAGGAGAACCACUAUGGACCUGAUGGAAGGGAUUUUCCCAGAAGGAGAGCAGCUGGUUGAGGAGGCGCACCAACGCAGGAGAGCUGCACCCAAACUGACUCCCUCACGCAGCUCUGAAGAGAGAGAAGAGGACGGCAUGGUGGCGGCAGCAGCAACAGCAGCAGCUUUGGUAACCAGCUCAGCUUAUUACAGCACGUCAGCUCCUAAAGCAGAGCUGCUUAUUAAAAUGAAGGACAUGCAGGAGCAGAGCGUAGAGCUUGAAUCAGAAGAGGAGCUGGAGGAGGUCAACGACACUGAGCUGGCCAAUAAGAAGCAAGAGCUGAUUGAGAGCCUGAGCAAAAAGCUGCAGGUGCUGCGGGAGGCACGAGAGAGUCUGCAGGAGGACAUGCAGGACAACAACGCUCUGGGCGAGGAGGUUGAGGCUACCGUCCAGGGCGUCUGCAAACCCAACGAGCUGGAGAAAUUCCGCAUGUUCGUCGGGGACCUAGACAAAGUGGUCAGUCUGCUGCUGUCUCUGUCUGGACGACUGGCACGUGUAGAGAAUGCCCUCAACAGCCUGGAGGAGGACACACCACUCGAAGAGAAGCGCACGUUGAUGGAGAAGCGCAAGCUGUUGAUCCGGCAGCACGAGGACGCUAAGGAGCUGAAGGACAACUUGGAUCGGCGAGAAAAAGUUGUUUACGACAUCCUGGCCAGCUACCUGCAGGAGGAGAACUUGGCCGACUACAUGCACUUUGUCAAGAUGAAGUCUGCCCUCAUCAUUGAACAGCGCAAACUGGAGGAUAAGAUCAAACUGGGCGAGGAGCAGCUCAAGUGUCUGAUGGACAGUUUGCCUCCAGACCAGAUGGUCAUUCUGCUGAAAAAUGACAAAUGAACUUUUUCAGAUUUUUAAGUCAGAUCAGACUCUGGCAUUGCUGACACCCUGCUGAUCCAAGGGUUUUCAGAAUGCUUUUGCUCAGCGUUUGUAAACAGAAACAAACCACUUUCUGACUGUUUUAGAACCACACCCAACUUUUGGGCUACAUCGUUACCGUUCAAAACUGUGUGAUUAUUGUGAUUAUAAACCAUGCUGUACUGGAUAAAAUGAAAAUUUCAAAGCGCUUAUCGUGACUUGUUAAGAUCAUAAAAUUGUUUAUCUGAUUCGUUUCCUUGACCAUGUCCCAGUUACUCUUUCAGUAUCUAGUCUUUCUGUAAUUCUGCAUUUUGACCACUAGUGGGCAGUGGACGAUGGUUUCAUUUGCCUUGACCACAUGGUGCAAACCACUUUCCACUUAGUCCUGGCACUAGCAUACACAUAGAAGACUCUAACAUGAACAUUUACAGCUUAUAUUCAUAAACUUAAGAUAUAAACUAAGAUAUUUAACUUUCUGUCCAGAUUCAGUAAGAAGGCUGACCUCGAGAUUUUCACAAUUGUGCAUUAUUUCAUAUGGCAUCAGUCUCUGCCCUGUCAUGUCUAAAACAAUUUCAUGUUUUUAGUAAUUUAUUGUAGACUUUUAAAUCUGUAAAUAAGACUAGAAUGUUCUAGUUUUUACUCUUUCACUUACUUGAUCUUAAUCGAAAAACUUUCCUUUUAGCUUACAUGCACGGUUGAAAAAGAAUCGCAUACACCGUAAAGCGUAAUGUUGGAAUUAGAGCCACCUCAACACCUGCUUUUUGUAACGUAUUUGAGGGACUGCCUCAGCAAUACAAUAUUCUCACUGAGAAUUGAAUGCUUGUCUAUAAAAUAAUUUCCUUUUGCUCAACGAUA